CAUACAUACCAGAGGGUCUCUCCAUCAAUCGGUCCGGAAAGACAAAACAAAGAAACAAAACCAUAUCUAAAUCACGUGGCUCUCCGUUUCACGACAAAUUCACCGUCUGUUUCCAUUUACUAUCACUUCUUUCUUGCUUUCAUCCCUGCAACUACCUCUGCCACAGUCACUACCUCUUCCUCUGCCCCUACCACCACCAUUCCGUCAUCGUGUCUCAGCAAACCUCGAUCCUUCUAAAAAUCUCCUGUACUCACUCAUCAUCCAGAGAUCAAAACACAGGGACAAACUAUUCUGUAUCAGUAUCACCGCAAUGACCAUAACAACAACAGCCACAAUAAACGAUCUCCCGGACGUGAUUCUGUCAAACAUUAUUGCUUCAAUCUCCGAUACUCGUACAAGAAACUCACUUUCUUUAGUUAACCGUAAAUUCCUAACCCUCGAAAGGACCACUCGCACCUCUCUCACGCUCCGAGGGAACGCGCGUGACCUCUACAUGAUCCCUACCUGUUUCAGAUCUGUAACACAUCUCGACCUUUCUCUACUCUCUCCUUGGGGCCAUUCUUUGCUCGCUUCUUCUUUACCCUCUGAUCCUCUCCUUCUGGCCCACCGUCUGGGUAUCGCUUUUCCAUUGGUUACUUCACUUACUGUGUACGCUCGCUCCCCUUGUACGCUUCACGUCCUCAUCCCUCAGUGGCCGCUAUUGAGCCACGUGAAGUUAAUUAGAUGGCAUCAGCGACCCUCUUCCAGUCAAUUAGGAGCUGAUUUUGUUCCUUUAUUUGAGCAAUGUAAACUGCUUUCCUGUCUUGAUUUAUCAAGCUUUUAUUACUGGACUGAGGAUGUCCCCCCAGUCCUUGAAGCUUAUAGUGAUGUCUCUAAGUCAUUAACGUGUUUAGAUCUGCUUACUGUUUCCUUAACUGAUGGUUUCAAGUCUGAUGAGAUUAAAGUUAUUACUGCUGCUUGUACUAAUCUUACAAAGUUUCUUGUUGCUUGUAUGUUUGAUCCAAGUUAUCUAGGGUUUACUGGAGAUGAGACUUUGCUUGCUGUUGCUGCCAAUUGCCCUAAAUUAUCGGUGCUUCAUUUGGUUGAUACGUCGUCCUUAGGGAAUAUUAGGAGUGAUCCUGAGGAUGAAGGGUACAGUGGGGAUGAUGCUAGGGUUAGUGUUAAUGGGUUGGUUGAUUUUUUCAGUGGGCUUCCAUUGCUUGAAGAGUUAGUUCUUCGUGUUUGUAAGAAUGUUAGAGAUAGUUUUGUGGCUCUGGAAGCGCUUAAUUCGAGAUGUCCGAAGUUGAAAGUGUUGGAGUUAGUGCAGUUUCAUGGUGUUUGUAUGGCAGUUGAAUCGCAGCUCGAUGGGGUUGCAUUGUGUUCUGGAUUGAAAUCAUUGUCGAUUAAGAAGUGUGCAGAUUUGACUGAUAUGGGUUUGAUAGAGAUUGCGAGAGGAUGUUGUAGAUUGGCCAAGUUUGAGGUUGAGGGAUGUAAGAAGAUUACUAUGAAGGGAUUGAGGACGAUGGCAAGUUUGCUUCAUAAGACUCUAGUUGAGGUCAAAAUCUCUGCUUGUAAGAAUCUUGAUGCUGUUGCCUCUUUGCGAGCUUUGGAGCCUAUUCGCCAGAGGAUUGAGAGACUUCAUAUUGAUUGUAUGUGGAAUUCACUGCAGGAAGAGGAUAAUUAUGGAGGUAAUCACAGUUUCGACCUUAAUGAAAUCCUCUUUGGAAGUGAUGAACAUGAGUAUUCCAGCAGGAAUAAAAGAAUCAAGUAUUCCAAAGAUGGUUUCUGUAUGCAAAACAAUGGAGUUUGGAGCAAUUCCUGGGAUAACCUAAAAUGCCUCUCUCUCUGGAUUGGUGUUGGUGAGCUUCUAACUCCAUUGCCCAUGGCUGGUCUUGAGGAUUGCCCUAGUCUGGAGGAGAUUCAGAUCCGGGUUGAAGGGGAUUGCAGGGGCCGGCACAAACUAUCACAACGUGCAUUUGGAUUGAGCUGCCUUGCUCAUUAUCCUCGGCUAUCAAAAAUGCAGUUGGAUUGCAGUGACACAAUAGGUUUUGCCUUAACUGCCCCAUCAGGACAAAUGGAUUUGAGCUUAUGGGAGAGGUUCUUCUUGAAUGGGAUUGGAAGCUUGAGUCUCAUUGAGCUUGAUUAUUGGCCACCACAAGACAGGGACGUUAACCAAAGGAGUCUAUCACUUCCAGGAGCUGGGUUGCUUGCACAGUGUCUUGCGCUAAGGAAGCUCUUUAUCCAUGGAACUGCGCAUGAGCAUUUCAUGAUGUUCCUUCUCCGAAUCCCAAACCUGAGGGAUGUGCAGCUUAGGGAAGACUACUAUCCAGCCCCAGAGAAUGAUAUGAGCACAGAGAUGAGGGUGGGGUCAUGCAGCAGAUUCGAAGAUGCUUUAAACAGGCGCCAUAUUGUGGAUUGAAAAUAAUGUAGAUUGGUCAAUUGCCAGUGAUCAUCAAAAGCAUGAUAGUGAAAAGCUUUGUCAUUUGCUCAAGGGUGCAUAUGUCUGCAGAAAUCGUUAAAGACUUGUCUGAUUCUUAGUUGCUUACUUUUUGUAUUUUUUGGACUACAAUUCAAAAACGAGAUACGAAUAUGCAAAUUUCCAGUA